AUGGCUCAGCGUCGUCGACUGAGCCGCAAGACAUCACCAAAGGAAGUGCGCCUGUCGUUGCUGACGUCCCUGCCUUGUGAGAAGCUCCUCCUGCCCUUCCUUCCGGCCAAAGACUUGCUCAGGUACGCGGCUGCCUGUUCCACGUGCCACGCCAGCGCACACCAUGGGGAUCGACUGCAGCUCUCUCGCGUAGCACAUUUUCCUGCACGCCUGAGUCCGGCAGCUGCAGAGAGCCUUCCCCGGCGACUUCACCUAGCCUCGCUCUACAGCAUCGAUAUCGAAGACACCCGUGAAGGCUCUUCCAGCGCUGCACACCCGGCACGGCAGCUCGCUCAAACAGCCCCGUGGGAGAGCGACGUGCUUGCAUCUGACGGCGACAUGAAGCCGCUAGCAGAACAUCCACUCUGGCGUUUCAUGGUCGGUCUCAACCAGCAGCUGGCAUUUGCUCGCCAGUUCCGGUCGAUUUCCACUGCUCUGUUGCCCAAGCUUUGCACAGUGAACCUCCUGAGCUUGCAGCCGUGCCUGGGCACCUGUGUCGUGGACCGUCACGAUCUUCUUGAGCCGAUGGUGGCCACGCUGCUGUGGGAGGCUCCGAGGCUGGAACAGCUGCAGCUGCCACGGUGCUGCCCUCUGCAGCCCCAGAAGCUGCAGAAGGCCCUUCGACAGCAUCCGGACCGGGCAGCCUUGUCAAGAGCACUGUGUGGAUGGCUGCCGCCGGAUUCGACGUCUUCCAUGCAAACAGCUCAUCUGCUAGAUGCCAUGGUCAUCGAGUCCCCUGAGGAUGCUUUCCUUGCGGGCCAAUUUGCCAGGAGUUUAACGCGGAUAAAGCAGCUGAUUGCCAUUCGGACACUAGCUCCGCAGGCACUGCCAAGCAACGACAUCCUGAAGGCCUUUGCUGAUGGGUACUGCGCUGCCGACACCACCGUGCCCCCUCAAACCCAGGAGUUAGUGGUGAAUGCACAGGCGCUGGCGGGAGCUGGUCCGGCUCUUGCCCAGCUGGUCAGUGAGAUGCCAGGCUUGCGGUCAUUGCGUCUGCUGACGGAAGCCCACCCGUUUCGGCAAGCAGCAAGCCUGCUGCGCGCAAGCUCGCCAGUUGCGCAUGCCUGUGGACAGCAGGAGUUCUCGCAACUGACCAGAAUCCAGAUCAGAGGCGGCUUCUCCUUCGACUCGUUGAACCUUGCUGCGAUGUUGUCCAGUGCCAGCAGCCUGCAAGUCUUGGACCUGAGUGGAUCCGAGUUUGCCGAUGCUGAUGCCCAGCUCUUAGCUGCGGCCAACGUGGGGCCACUGCCGCAGCUUCACCUGUUGGGUUUCAGGGCCUGCAAGCUGCAGUCGCCGGCAGCUGCUGCAGCGCUUGCAAGGGCAGUGAACCACUUCGGGAGCGUUAAGCACAUCCGCAUGCAGGCCAACCGCUGGCGUGUGGAGGCUCACCGUUCCUUCGCCGAACACUUGGUCGAGUCCAGCGCGCAGGCUCUAGUCUCUCUGGAGGCUGGAUAUUCCUGGCAGGGACAGGUGCCGGCGUCUCACAGCCCGCCAACCACUGUGGAUGCCAGCGGAGGCACCUCACUAGGCAGCUCCCUGGAAUCGACCGAGGAUGCGGUGGAAGGCGGGAAUGCUGCACCGGCAUCGCGUUCUGACAAGCUCCACUUUCUGUCUCAGUUUGGAGUCGGGCUGUGGCUGUCAGCAGUUGCGAGCAGAUUGGCAAGCAGCCUCCAGGAAUUGAGGCUGGAAAGGCUCGACGUGGGGGUCGUGGCGUUGCAGAUUCUUCGGAGGAGGCUCCGGAGCCCCAUGGCCCUUCGCGUGCUUGCACUUUCAACGGGCUGCACUGGGCUGGGCGAGAAGAAGGCAGGGAUCGAAUUGGCCUGGCUGGUGGCUAGAGUGACCCCGCGUCUGCAGCGUUUGGUCUUGGCGGGGUCAGAUGCAUCACCUUCACUGUUGCAGGGGAUGCUGGAGGCUAUCUCCAGGCCCCCACAGCCAGCUGCCGAGCGGGCCUUCUCCACCCAAAGUCCCUUCGCUAUGACUCGACCCGACGUGCUCCAUCUCCGCUGGAUCGACGUGGAGAAUGUGGAAACUUUUCUGCAAGCCGCAACUGUCACCGGCCCGGAGUUGCUUCAGGCUUUUCAAAGCAAUGGCUGCUUCAGCUUCCAGGGCCUUCGGUCCGAGUCGCAGGAAACGGCUUGCCCGGCUGGGCUUUACAAGGUGUGGAAUCAAAACCGUUCCACCGGCGGAGCUGCGUGGGAUGUUUGA